AUGCGGGGUGAUAAAGCCGAGUUCGACAAGAUGGUUGCCGGCGCCAAGAAGUUCAUCUCGGAGGUGCACCUCGUUCCGCUACGGAUGAGAGGGCCUUUCUUCAACGGCUCAGCGAUGAGUAUUGUCGAUAUCGCUGCUUAUCCUUGGAUACUGAGAUCGUUCCUCCUGGGCUAUUAUAAAGGUCCAGCAUUUGCUUUCGAUCGAUCGUCCCUGCCCAAGCUCGCUGAACUAUUCGAGUGGUAUGACCGAAUGUCGGCAGUCGAUGCAGUUAAGGCCACCAUCAUGGAUAAUCACUACUACAUCGAGGCGUGA